ACAGAAUCAGAAACAGAAACAGAGUCAAGACAAGACCCAGAGUCCAUAGCGAACAGCAGUUCGAUAGGAGAGUUGCGAUAAACUCAAGUUGCUAUUAAAAUCGAAGCGGAAAAGUUACGAAAAUUUACUGCAAAUGCUGCGAAUGCCCACUAGAUAAACGAUAAAUUUCAAAUUUCAUAUUCUAAAUGCUAAGUGCCAGCGCCCCAACCAGCGGCAAUCAAUCAAUUAGGCCCAAAGGGGUGGUGCGCCCAAGUAGCAACAACAAUACGGCCGGAGAGAGCAACCGGAUACCAAUCGACAGCACAGAGACAGAAGUUGUGACAGAGAGAAAAAACAGAGACAAGCUGGGAAAGCAGAGACAUUGAGAGAAAGAGCGAGAGCAUUGUUGGCAGUGACAGCAGUUAAAAAUCAAUAUCCGUCUAAAGUUUAUUUCGGUUUCGGUACGGAAAACUCAGAAACUUCAAGUUUCUCUAAUCGAAAUUCCCCUAGAAAUCAAUAGGCCAAAAUUAUCCUACGUAGCUUAACUCGAUAAAAAAAAAACUUAAAUAAAAUCCAUGCUUUUUGUCAAUCGCGUCCGCUUUGUGCUACAAAUUUAACAUAUAAACGUUUUUUGCGAGUGUAAUCGUGUGUCCAUUUUAUGCUAAACUUGAACAUAGAGUUUAAAGAAGUAACCAAAGUUUAAGAACAACGUGCUCCAUCCAAUGCCAUGUGUGUUUUAAUAACGUUAGAACGGCUCCGGUCCAAAUAAUUAGUGACAAAUAACCAGUGCAAUCAGCCAAGUAAAUCCAAGUUUGACCAAAAAGAUCCGACGAUUGACGAAAAGGGUCGAGCAGCAAACGCGGAGAAAGUAAAAUAAAGAAAGCAAAACCCAAAGAGAAUCGAGAGUAAAAAAAAAACAACUAAAAAGAACACUUAAGAACAAAACCAAAAAUCGAAUUUCCAUGUUUAAAUCGCAAAACCAAAAUUAUCGAUUAACAACCAAUUAAAGGAAAACCAAAGAGACAAAAACCAAAAGUAAAGUAAAUUGCUACCAGUAAACGCUAGUCCAAAUCUUCACUAUAAAUAUAUAUAUAUAUAUGUAUACAAUAUAUAUUUAAUUAAAAAUACUUCAAGAAGAACACGCCAAUUGCCGCAAAACUUACUCCAAGCCGAAAACCUAAACCAAAACCAAAACCAAAGAUUUCCAUUAAACAAACGCAAAAUACCAAAUACCAAACACAGCUUCAAAGUGUGCACAAUAAAACAAAAACAAAAAAAAAGUUAAUAACAAAAACCAAAGAAAGACAACCAAAAAAACCAAUAUUUAUAAAUAAAAAAACAAAAGACAAUUAAGCAAAGUCGAAGAAGAAAAAGAAGUACCAAAGAAAACUGCGCCAAAGUCACGGCCAGCAAACAAAAAGUACAACAAACAAACAAAACAGCAAGACAUACAAAUAAUAGCAACAAAAGCAGCAACAGCAGCUGUGAAGUGAAGCGUCACCACUGGCCACGCCCACUCCCCGCGGCCCAGCCAACCGCCCCCGCCCCCCGUUUUCGCAAUCUUUUGGAUUGGCAGCGCAUCGUUUCCAAGAAAUCUUGCGUGUGCCGAGAAAAAUUGAAACACACUAGAAAUCAGUGUCGGUGAAAGACUCCCUUACCAAAAAGUAGCCCAUCUCUUUUUUUUCGAGUGUAUACGAAUCAGUUUCCAUUUUUUUUUUCUGUGUGACCCAAUCGAAAGGCAACAACAGCAACAACAAGAACAACAACUGCAACAACUGUGAUGGGAGAUCAGCCAAAGGCAACGACUAACCCAACCGGAGAAGCCGAAGGCGACGCCGUGAUGGCCUCCAAUCGCCAGGAUUCGCUGCCCAACGGAACAGCAGGAGCAGGGGCAGGAGCAGGAGCUGGAGAUGGAGUUGGAGUUGGAGUGGGAGCAGCAGCUGGGGCAGGAGAUGGAGCAGGAACAGGAGCAGGAGCUGGAGCAGGAGACGGUGGUCCACCACCACCACCACUGAUGACGGAUCCAGAGGAUCACUCCGUUGGUCAGGGCAUCGUGGGUCCGCCCAGUCCGCUCACCGGCUGCUACCUGCUCAUCGUCCUGGGCGAGCCGCACUCCGAGGAGCACAAGGACAACAUCUUGCAGCAUCUGCUCAAGGGUUUCCUCUCCUGGGACGUUUCCGACUGUCACGUCGACUUGGAAGAGGAGCUCAAUACAAUUACACAACAUGCGCCCGAGGGCGAGGAGGCUCGUCACGGCGAACGACUCAUUCAGUAUGCCAGCGAGAAUCUGGUGACGGAGGUGCUCAUCCACCCGCAGUACAACACGCUGAUCCAAUGCAUGCGAAAUCUGCUCAGCAGCUUUACCCGCCACCGGCACAUCAUCCACGCCGGCUACACCUUCAGCGGAAAUGGUUCCUGGAUACUGCAGGACGGAACAUUCUCUGUGGCGGACUUCUCGGAGGCCUUCCAGGAGCACGACGUACAAAGGGUGAUACGGGCCUAUGCGGACACCAUCACCAUGAACAUACACUGCGCGGACGCGGGUCUGUGGCACACUCUGCCCGAGAAGGGCUUUGCUCGCCAGUGCCGGAUCCGGAUCAAUCCCGUGGACGUCCUGGACACGAGCAGCGAGUGUAUCAACGGAUUUAUAGAUUACCUGGCGCCCAUGGUGAUGCCAACAUCGCUGAGGGAGCUGCUCGAGACCUCGGACGUGGUGGGAAAUAUCCGCUUCACCCACCCCACGCUAUACGUCUUCCCCGGCGGCCAGGGUGAUGCUGCCCUCUUCGGGAUCAACGGCUUCAACAUGCUUGUUGAUGGCGGCUUCAACCGUAAGGCAUGCUUCUGGGACUUUGCCCGGCACCUGGACCGACUGGACGCGGUGCUGAUGACGCGCCUGAACAACAGCAACGUCCAGGGAUUGGGGGCGGUGGUGUCGCGCAAGCGGGACUCCCAUGUCUACCCCCAGAUCGGGCACUUCUUCGGCAACGUACCUGACCGCAAGGGCCUGCCCAGCCCCGACGGCGACAAGGAUCGCGACCCACUCUUAAUCGAUCUCUUUGAGCGCGGACACGGCAUCGUCAGCGACCUCAAGGCACUGGAUCUCAAGCCACAGGGCUGCUACCGCAACCAAGAGCCGGUCAACCUCUACCACAAGGUGGGUCACGGCACUCUGGACAUGUAUGUGAUAAGCCCAGCGCGUGACUCCAAGGAGGUGAAGGAGUUCCUGCAGAAGUGGCACGCCGGCGACCAGCGGCUCUUUGCCGCGCGGGAGUCGCGCGACUUUAACUUCCCGCUGCAGAACUUGGUCUCCAUUUGCGCCCUGCUCGUUUGGCAACCGGCCAAUCCGGACGACACCAUCACCCGCAUCCUCUUCCCGGGCAGCACUCCUGACUUCAAGAUCCAGGAGGGUCUCGAGAAGCUGAAGCACCUGGAGUUCAUGAAGCACUCCACCUGCACAGCCAAGUCGAUUGCCCCAGCCAUCCAGACUGUGGCCGGAACGCGAAAGAGCCUGAAGUCCGCCAUUGAGUCCACUCCGGCUCCGCCCAGCGCCAGCUACAAGUCCAGCAAGUUCGGUCCCGUGGCUAGUGCCGCCGUAGCUAUCCAGCACCCGCAUCCCCAGCAGCAGGACAACAAGGCAAAGGAGGCGGCGGCAGCGUCGGCAGCUGCAUCUGCCGCAUCCAUUGCCCGCACCAAAGCGGAUUCCAUGGACACGGAUGUAGAGCCGGAGCAGGAGGCGGAACCUGAACCCGCUGACACUGGGGAUGAGGCUGCUCCCGCCGAGCAGGAAGCCGAAGCGGAAACGGAACCCGAGCACGAACAAGAAACCGAGCCAGUCGAGCAGGACAACAAGGAUGUGGGCGAGGAGAAGAAGGUGGAGGUUCUAAUCAUGAAGCCCCAGCAGGCGGCAGCACCAGCAGCAGCCGCAGCCUCUGGCAAAGAUGGAGUGGAUGCAGCUCCCGCCGAUGCCACGCCCACUGGCGGCAAGCCAGGCAAGGCGUCUGCCAAGGGCAAGGCGGAAAAGCCGCGGGCAGAGGUGAAGCCCGUGGUUCGGUCCCGCAUCGACACCAAGCCGCCCAAGUCCAUGGACCGCAAGCUGGCCAAGCGGGACGAGAAGAAGAGCUCGCCCACGGCUACGCCAGCAGCCCGUGCACCCGCAGCCCGCGAUGCCAAGCCGAAGGUGCUGAGCCGCCCAGCCACCAAGUCCAGUCCCAGCAGCACUCCGGCCAAGAGCGCCAAGGAAGCCAACAAUCGCAAGGUGCUAGAGUCCAAGCAGCAGGCGGCUCGCGUUCAGGCCACCAGCACAGCCACCUCCAGGCGGGUCACUAGCGCCACCAGCGAACGGCGAGUCCAACAGCAGGCGGAAACGAAGACAGCGGCGACUGGGGCCACUCAGGCGGCCCAGAGGAAGCCGAUCUCGCGGAGACCACGUGGCGUUUCGCCCUCGAAGCGAGCACCGGCACCUGGUAGUCCGGUGAAGCAGGCCAAGCCAAAGGUGGCGGACCUUAAGAAGACGCGCCUGGACAAGGGCGGCACCACCGAUUCCAGCCUGGUGUCCACUCCCUCCGUCGAUGAGGCCACGGCAGCCAAGAAACUACAGGACCUUACCGCCUCUCAGGAACUCGACGCCGAGAAGCAGCGCGAACUGGACGACCUUAAGGAGGAACAGGAGGUGGUGCGCGAGAUCGAGGCGGUGUUCAGCCGGGACGAAAUGAAGCGCCACCAGCAUCAGCAGAUCAAGGCCGAGCUGCGCGAAAUGCCCGCCGAGGGAACCGGCGAUGGUGAGGAUGAACCCGAGGAGGAGGAGGAAUACCUGAUCAUCGAAAAGGAGGAGGUGGAGCAGUAUACCGAAGAUUCGAUUGUUGAGCAGGAAAGCAGCAUGACCAAGGAGGAGGAGAUACAGAAGCACCAGCGCGACUCGCAAGAGUCGGAGAAGAAGCGCAAGAAGAGCGCCGAGGAGGAGAUCGAGGCGGCCAUCGCCAAGGUGGAAGCGGCCGAGCGCAAGGCUCGAAUGGAGGGCGCCUCCGCAUCUGGACGGCAGGACCAGGACGAGUCGGAACAGGAAGCGGACCUGGAGCAGAGCGAGAUCAAGGCCGAGGUGCAGGAGAUCAUUGCUGCUGCCAAGGACAUUGCCAAGUCGCGUACCGAGGAGCAGUUGGCCAAGCCCGCCCAGGAGGAGGAGUUCUCCUCGCCAACGCCCGAGGAGAAGCUGAGCAAGAAGACUUCGGAUACCAAAGACGACCCAGUCGGAGCUCCAGUCGACGCGCUGCCCGUCAAUCUUCAGGAAAGUCUGCCCGAAGAGAAGUUCUCGGCCACCAUUGAGUCGGGGGCCACCACAGCGCCCACACUUCCCGAGGACGAACGCAUCCCGCUGGAUCAGAUCAAGGAGGACCUGGUGAUCGAGGAGAAGUAUGUCAAGGAAGAGACCAAGGAAGUGGAGGCCAUUGUAGUGGCCACCGUGCAGGCUCUUCCCGAAGCGGCUCCAUCCGCAAUUGAGGCCGUGCUGGCCGCAACUACUAAGGAUGCCCCCAAGGACGCCAAGAGGGAGAUUUUGGGUGAGCUUCCCGACUCUGGGGAACGAGUGCUGCCCAUGAAGAUGACCUUUGAGGCACAGCAGAACCUUCUGCGAGAUGUCAUCAAGACGCCCGACGAAGUGGCGGAUCUGCCCGUCCACGAGGAAGCCGAUCUCGGGUUGUACGAAAAGGACAGCCAGGACGUCGGCGCCAAGAGCAUUUCGCAUAAAGAGGAGUCCGCCAAGGAAGAAAAGGAAACGGACGAUGAAAAGGAGACCAAGGAAGCAGAGAUCGAGGAGGAGCAGGCUGAACCGAAAGAGGAAGAACCCCCUAAAGUGGAACUCAAAGAGCCAGUCGAGGAGGUUGUUGUCGCGGUGAAGGUCGAGGCAACUGAAGUUGCAGUGGAGAAAAAGGCAGAGGAGGUGGUUGUGACCCUGGAGACCGAACCGAUUGUGGAGGCAAUUGUGGCCCCCACCCAAGAGAGCCAGGAUCAGCCAAAAGAGAAAGAGAAGGACACGGAACCAGAGUCCGAACAAAAGGCAGAGUCAGGAAUCAUAACCGAAAAGGAGGCCAAAAAGUCGGCCAGCACUCCCGAAGAGAAGGAGACCAGUGACAUUACCUCCGAGGAUGAGCUGCCAGCCCAGCUGGUGCAACCGGUGACCGUGCUCCCGAAGGAGGCCAAGGAACGUGAGGACACCGUCUCCAUGGAGAGCCCCGCCACCAUCGAGGAGGCCAUAGAGGUUGAGGUGCAGGCCAAGCAGGAAGCCCAAAAACCACAGCCAGGUCCGGCAGAGAUUGCCAAGGCGGACACGUCACCUGCUGCCUCAAAGGAGGCCUCCCGUCCCGAAUCGGCGGCAGAUGAAGCUAAGCCCGACGAAAAGUCUCCACUAGCUUCCAAAGAAGCUUCGCGCCCGCAAUCCGUUGCGGAGAGCGUCAAAGAUGAGGCUGAGAAGCCGGAGAGCCGACGGGAAUCGGUGGCAGAGAGCAAGAAGCCAGAAAGCGUCAAGGACGAAAAAUCCGCACCCGCCUCCCAAGAAGUUUCCCGACCGGUCUCAGUCGCGGGCAGUGUUCAAGCGGAAGUCGAAAAGUCCAAGGAACCGUCCCGACGGGAAUCCGUAGCCGAGAGCCAUAAGGAUGACAAAUCUGCACCGGCUUCUAAAGAUGCUUCGCGGCCGGAAUCCGCUCUUGAGCAUGUCCUAGAUGAAGCAGAGAAACCGGAAAGCCGCCGGGAAUCUACUACGGAAAGCAUCAAACCAGAAAGUGCAAGGGACGAAAAAUCUCCCCUGGCUUCGAAGGAAGCCUCCAGACCAGAAUCUGUGGCAGAGAGCGCCAAAGACGAGGCAGACCAGUCAAAGGAGCCGUCCCGUCGUGAAUCCAUCGCUGAAAGCAUCAAGGCCGAGAGCACAAAAGAUGAGAAGUCACCAGUGGCCUCCAAGGAAGUGUCCCGGCCAGAGUCAGUCGCGGAAAGCAUCAAGGAUCAAGCUGAGAAGGUGGAUAGCCGCAGGGAAUCAGUGGCCGAAAGCGUGAAGCCAGAAAGUGCAAAGGACGAAACGUCCGCCCUUCCCUCGAAGGAACCUUCCCGACCAGAGUCCGUUGUGGAAAGUGUCAAGGAUGAAGACGACAAGACCGCAAGUCGUCGGGAGUCUGUGGCCGAUAGCAUCAAACCGGAAAGUGAAAAGGACAAGAAGUCCCCACUGGCCUCUAAGGAAGCCUCCAGGCCGGAAUCCGUUGCGGAAAGUGUCAAGGAUGAGGCUGAAAAGUCCAUUGAACCCUCCCGACCGGAAUCCGUUGCAGAAAGCGUCAAGGAUGAGCCUGAAAAAUCAGGGGAACCAUCCCGAGCGGCAUCUGUUGCAGAAAGCGCCAAGGCGGAAAGCACGAAGGAUGAGAAGUCCGCCCAAGCCUCCAAGGAAGCUUCUCGACCAGGAUCAGUGACAGGAAGCGUUAAGGACGAGGCUGAAAAAUCAAAGGAACCAUCCCGAGCGGCAUCUGUAGCAGAAAGCGCCAAGGCAGAAAGCAUUAAGGAUGAAAAGUCCGAACAAGCCUCCAAGGAAGUUUCUCGACCAGGAUCAGUGACAGAAAGCGUUAAGGACGAGGCUGAAAAGUCAAAGGAACCAUCCAGACGGGAAUCGGUAGCUGAUAGUGUAAAGGAUUCCAAGUCCCCGCUUGCUUCGAAGGAAGUCUCAAGACCCGGAUCAGUGAUCGAGAGUGUCAAGGACGAAGCUGAGAAGCCGGAAAGCCGCCGAGAGUCGGUGGUCGAGAGCAUCAAGGCCGAGAGUGCCAAGGAUGAAAAGUCUCCGCUCGCCUCGAAAGAGGCUUCCCGACCAGAAUCCGUGGCCGAGAGCAUCAAAGAUGAGGCAAUUAAGUCUAAGGAGGAAUCACGGCGUGAGUCUGUGGCUGAAAGUCUUAAGGCGGAGAGUGCCAAGGACGAAAAGUCCCCUCUUGCCUCCAAAGAUGUUUCGCGACCAGAAUCGGUUGCCGAAAGUGUAAAGGAUGAAGUCGCCAAAUCCGCAGAGCCAUCGCGACCAGGAUCCGUGGCGGAAAUAAUUAAGACGGAAAUCGGCAAGGUUGACCAAUCGCCUAUUGUCUCUAGGGAUGUCUCUAGACCGGAUUCAGCGGCGGAAAGCGAUAAGGAUGAUACUGACAAGCCUGAAUCUGUGGUGGAAAGUGUCAAGCCAGUUGCCGAUGACAAAACUCCUCCAGCAUCAAAGGAAGUUUCACGACCAGAGUCUGCUGUCGAAAGUGAGAAGGAUGCGGCUGAAAAGGAAAAAAGCCGUCGUGAAUCAGUUGAAAGUACAAAGCCAGAGAGCCUUACCGACGAAAAACCCUCAGCUCCCUCAAAGGAGAUUUCCAGGCCAGAAUCUGUGGUGGAAAGCGUCAAGGAUGAAUCUGAAAAGCCAGAGAGCCGCCGCGAAUCGGUCGCUGAAAGCGUUAAGCCAGACAGCACCAAAGACUCCAAGGAACCAUCCCGACCAGAAUCAAAGGUGGAAAGCGUUAAAGAUGAGUCAGAAAAAUCGAAGAGUCCGUCCCGACGAGAAUCUGUCGCAGAAAGUGUUAAGGCCGAGAGUGCUAAGGACGAUAAAUCUGCAUUGGCCUCAAAAGAAGCUUCUAGGCCAGAAUCCGUGGCGGAAGGUGUUAAGGAGGAGGCUGACAAGUCCAAGGAACCAUCUCGACGUGAGUCGGUGGCAGAAAGCGUGAAAGAUGACGCCGCCCAGUCGAAAGAAGCCUCUCGUCCCGAAUCCGUUGCAGAAAGCGCCAAGGGAGAAACUGCCCUGGACGAAAAGUCACCAUUGGCAUCCAAGGAAGCCUCCAGACCAGCAUCCGUUGCAGAAAGCGUCAAGGAUGAGGCUGACAAGUCCAAGGAGCCAUCUAGGCCAGAGUCGGUGGCACAAAGCAUUAAGGCGGAGAGUACUAAGGACGAGAAAUCACCGCUGGCCUCCAAGGAAGCUUCCAGACCAGCAUCAGUUGCAGAAAGUGUGAAAGAUGAAGCUGACAAGUCUAAGGAAGAAUCUCGACGAGAGUCGGUGGCCGAAAGCGUUAAGGCGGAGAUCAGCAGCGAUGACAAAUCUAUUCCGGCCUCCAAGGAACCAUCUAGGCCAGCAUCCGUGGUAGGAAGCGUUAAGGACGAAGCAGAAAAGCCAGAAAGUCGUCGCGAAUCUGUGGCAGCUUUACCAGAAAAAGCCAAGGACGAGAAAUCUGAGGCAGCUUCUAAGGAAGUUUCUCGGCCGGAGUCUGCGGCGGAGUGUGUUAAGGGCGAGGCAGACAAGUCGAAGGAGCCAUCCCGUCGAGAAUCUGUAGCCGGAAGCGUCAAAGCGGAGAGCACUAAGGAUGAAAAAUCUCCUCUGGCUUCCAAGGAAGCAUCUAGACCAGGAUCCGUGGUGGAAAGCGUUAAGGACGAAGCUGAAAAGCCAGAAAGUCGUCGCGAAUCUGUGGCUGAGAGUGGCGCACUCGAAAAAGACAAGGUCGAGAAGUCUGCAGCAGCUUCAAAGGAAGUUUCUCGGCCAGAAUCUGUGGCGGAGAGUGUGAAUGACGAGGCUGAGAAAUCCAAGGAGCCAUCCCGGCGGGAAUCAGUCGCAGAAAGCGUUAAACCAGAUAGUUCAAAGGAUGACAAGUCUCCACUAGCUUCCAAGGAAGCUUCCCGGCCAGAAUCUGUGGCAGAAAGCGUGAAAGAUGAGGCUGAAAAAUCAAAGGAGCCAUCGAGAAGGGAGUCCAUCGCUGAAAGCCUAAAAGCGGAAAGCGUCCUUGACGAGAAAUCGCGCCCGGCAUCCGUUGGUGAAAGCGUAAAGGAUGAAACACAAAAACCAGAAAGUCGUCGGGAAUCGGUCGCUGAAAGCAUCAAGGCCUCCAGUGCUAAGGACGAGAAGUCUCCACUGGCUUCGAAGGAUGUGUCCAGGCCAGGAUCCGUGGCUGGUAGUGUUAAGGACGAUCUUGAAAAGCCUGAAAGCAUCAAAGACGACAAGUCAAAGGAGCCCUCUCGCCGUGAAUCACUAGUUGAACCGUCUGCUGUCAUUUCGAAGGAGUCCUCUCCCAGGCCAACAUCUGUGGCCAGUGACCAUGAACCUGCCGUCGCUGCUGAGGUCGAGUCCAAACUUUCCAUUUCCCCCAAAGACGCAUCCCGGCCAGAGUCCGUUGGUGAAACGGCCUCCUCGCCAAUCGAUGAAGCGGCCAUGGAGUUCUCGGAGAUAGAGGUCGUGAAGAGGGCUAGCCUUGCUCUUAAUCUGCAAGCGGGCUCUGGAGGAAAACUGCCAACGGACUCGAGUCCCGUUGACGUGGCCGAGGGUGACUUUUCCCAUGUCAUGGCUUCUGCCUCCUCCGUCUCAGCCACACUUACCAAACCAGCAGAGCUCUCGCAGGUUGGUGCUGCUGUUACGGUCUCGUCUCCUGUGGACGUGGCACCCAAAUCUCCCUCUGCUCUUGAGCAAGUAUCCCGACCAGAUUCUCCGGCAGAAUGCGCAAGUGCGGAGAGUGCCAAAGAUGACAAGUCGCCACUCGCUUCGAAGGAACCCUCGAGGGCCGAAUCAGUUGCAGAAAGUCACAAGGAUGAUGCUGCGCAGCUCAAGAGUUCAGUGGAUGAAGAAUCAACAGAAGUGACGGAUCUUAAAUCUCCAGUUGCCUCCAAGGAAGCUUCUCGCCCGCCUUCGGUGGCAGAGACAGCAUCAUCGCCGAUUGAGGAAGCUCCCAAAGAGUUGGUCGAACUCGUGCUGCCCUUAAGUAGUGAACUAAAGGGUGAUCUCCCAACUGUGUCGAGCCCUGUGGAUGUGGCCCAUGGGGACUUCCCCCAGACAGCAACACCCACAAGUUCUCCUACUUCAGCCCAGCCUGCUGAACUCUCUAAAGUGGACAUGGAGAAGACAGCAUCGAGUCCGGUAGACGAGGCUCCCAAAUCUCUUAUUGGAUCUCCGGCAGAAGAGCGCCCUGAAUCUCCAGCUGAAAGUGCCAAGGAUGAAGCUGAGAAACCUGUUUCCGUAAUCGCCUCCAAAGAGGCGUCUCGGCGUGAAUCCGUCGCAGAAAGUGCAAAGCCAGACAGUGUUAAGGAUGACAAGUCUGCACCCGCUUCUCAAGAGGUCUCUAAGGAAGCGUCCCGACAAGGAUCCGUAGUAGAAAGCAUUAAAGACGGAGCCGAAAAAUCCAAGGAUUCAUCGCGUCCACCGUCCGUAGCUGAAAGUAUUGUGGCGGAUAGUGCAAAAGACGAUAAAUCCCCUCUUGCAUCGAAGGAGAUUUCCCGGCCUGGAUCGGUGGUGGAAAGUCUCAAGGACGAUGCUGAAAAAUCUAAGGAAUCAUCGCGUCCACCGUCCGUUGCAGAAAGCACUAAGGGGGAAACCACCAAGGAGGUUUCCCGACCUGAGUCGGUAGCGGAAAGUGUUAAGGACGGAGAUGAGAUUGCUGAAAGCCGCAGAGAAUCUGUUGCUAAGGCAGAUGACAAGCCAUCACUUGACCUAAAAUCAGAAGCUAUCGUGAAAGCUGUCGCUGAAGAGGCUGACAAAUCCAAGGAGCCAUCUCGCCGAGAAUCCGUAGCAGAAAGCGCCAAACCGGAAAGCCCCAAAGACGAAAAAUCUCCGCUGGCAUCGAAGGAAGCCUCUCGACCUGGAUCCGUCGUAGAGAGCAUUAAAGAUGAUGCUGAAAAGCCUGAAAGCCGUCCAGAAUCGGUCGUCGAUAGUACAAAGCCAGAAACCAAGGAUGCCAAGUCCCCGACCCCACCAGUCUCAAAGGAUGCGUCCCGUCCAGAGUCGGUAGUGGAAAGCGUUGCAGCUGAAACUGAGAAGUCCAAGGAACCAUCCCGGCGGGAGUCUAUAGUGGAAAGUGUCAAGGUAGAUAGCACAAAAGACGAAAAAUCUGCAGAGGCAUCAAAGGAUGCCUCCCGACCAGCAUCUGCCAUCGAAAGUCUCAAGGAUGAAGAUGAAAAGCCGGAGAGCCGACGUGAAUCGAUCGCAGGCAGCCUUAAAGCGAGCAGUACCAAGGACGAUAAGUCUCCGUUGGCCUCCAAGGAAGCCUCAAGGCCAGAAUCAGUUGUUGGGAGCCUCAAGGAUGAAACUGAGAAAUCCGAAAGCCGUCGGGAAUCCGUUGCCGAAAGCAUUAAACCAGAAAGCUCCAAAGACGAGAAAUCUCCUCUCGCCUCGAAAGAGGCCUCCCGGCCGGAAUCCGUAGUGGAAAGUGUCAAGGAUGAAGCAGAAAAAUCCAAGGAGCCAUCCCGACCGGAAUCCGUAGCGGAGAGCACUAAGCUUGAAAGUUCCAAAGACGCAAAGUCGCCACUCGCCUCAAAGGAAGCUUCCCGGCCAGAAUCGGUGGUGGAGAGCAUCAAGGACGAAGCUGAGAAGCCCGAAAGCCGUCGGGAGUCAGUUGCCGAGAGUGUUAAGCAAGGCAGCGUUAAGGACGACAAGUCGCCCCUAGCUUCCAAGGAGGCCUCACGCCCAGAAUCUGUAGCGGAGAGUGUAAGGGAUGAAACAGAAAAAUCCAAAGAAGCUUCACGACGAGAUUCCGUCGCAGAAAGCGCUAAGGCGGAGAGUGCAAAGGAUGAAAAGUCACCUCUUCCUUCGAAAGAAGUUUCUCGACCUGGAUCCGUUGUAGAAAGCAUUAAGGAUGAAGCCGAGAAGGCUGAAAGUCGUCGAGAAUCCGUCGCAGAAAGCGUGAAGCCAGAAAGUGCAAAGGACGAAACUUCCGCCCUUCCCUCGAAGGAACCUUCCCGACCAGAGUCCGUUGUGGAAAGUGUCAAGGAUGAAGGCGACAAGACCGAAAGUCGUCGGGAGUCUGUGGCCGAUAGCAUCAAACCGGAAAGUGAAAAGGACAAGAAGUCCCCACUGGCCUCUAAGGAAGCCUCCAGGCCGGAAUCCGUUGCAGAAAGUGUCAAGGAUGAGGCUGAAAAGUCCAUUGAACCCUCCCGACCGGAAUCCGUUGCAGAAAGCGUCAAGGAUGAGCCUGAAAAAUCAGGGGAACCAUCCCGAGCGGCAUCUGUUGCAGAAAGCGCCAAGGCGGAAAGCACGAAGGAUGAUAAGUCCGCCCAAGCCUCCAAGGAAGUUUCUCGACCAGGAUCAGUGGCAGAAAGCGUUAAGGACGAGGCUGAAAAAUCAAAGGAACCAUCCCGAGCGGCAUCUGUAGCAGAAAGCGCCAAGGCGGAAAGCACGAAGGAUGAGAAGUCCGCCCAAGCCUCCAAGGAAGUUUCUCGACCAGGAUCAGUGACAGAAAGCGUUAAGGACGAGGCUGAAAAGUCAAAGGAACCAUCCCGAGCGGCAUCUGUAGCAGAAAGCGCCAAGGCGGAAAGCACGAAGGAUGAGAAGUCCGCCCAAGCCUCCAAGGAAGUUUCUCGACCAGGAUCAGUGACAGAAAGCGUUAAGGACGAGGCUGAAAAAUCAAAGGAACCAUCACGACGCGAAUCGGUAGCUGAUAGUGCCAAGGAGUCCAAGUCCCCGCUUGCUUCGAAGGAAGUCUCAAGACCCGGAUCAGUGAUCGAGAGUGUCAAGGACGAAGCUGAGAAGCCGGAAAGCCGCCGAGAGUCGGUGGUCGAGAGCAUCAAGGCCGAGAGUGCCAAGGCGUCCCGGCCAGAAUCAGUGGCAGAAAGCGUGAAAGAUGACGCCGUCCAAUCGAAGGAGGCCUCUCGUCCCGAAUCUGUUGCAGAAAGCGCCAAGGGAGAAAUUGCCCUGGACGAAAAGUCACCAUUGGCAUCCAAGGAAGCCUUCAGACCAGCAUCCGUUGCAGAAAGCGUCAAGGAUGAGGCUGACAAGUCCAAGGAGCCAUCCAGGCCAGAGUCGGUGGCACAAAGCAUUAAGGCGGAGAGUACUAAGGACGAGAAAUCACCGCUGGCCUCCAAGGAAGCUUCCAGACCAGCAUCAGUUGCAGAAAGUGUGAAAGAUGAAGCUGACAAGUCCAUGGAGCCAUCGAGGCCAGAAUCGGCGGCAUUAAGCAUUAAGGCGGAAAGUACUAAGGACGAGAAAUCACCGCUGGCCUCCAAGGAAGCUUCCAGGCCAGCAUCAGUUGCAGAAAGUGUAAAAGAUGAAGCUGAGAAAUCCAAGGAGGAAUCUCGGCGAGAGUCAGUGGCCGAAAGUGUUAAGGCGGAAAGCAAAUCGGCGUCCAAGGAAGCAUCAAGACCAGAAUCCGUGGUAGAAAGCGAUAAGGACAAAGCUGAGAGGCCAGAAAGCCGUCGUGAGUCAAUUGCCGAGAGUGUGAAACCAGACGCAUCCCGACCACCUUCUGUGGCGGAGGAGAUCACAAAGGCCGACAGCGUACCUGAUGACAAAUCAAAGGAAGCAUCGCGUCCCGAGUCCGUGGCUGAGAGUAUCCAGGCACCUAGUAAAACGGGUGACUCGCCACCCGCCUCAUCCAAGGAACCAUCUCGUCCAGCCUCAGUCGCAGAAAGCGCCGCCAUCGACAAGUCGCAGGAGGCAUCCCGACGCGAGUCAGUGGCCGAAAGCGUGGCGGCAGCGAGCGUCAAGGAUGAGAAGUCACCGCUUCCCUCGCGUCCAGAGUCGGUGGCCGAGAAGUCACCAGCUGCCUCGAAGGAAGCCUCUCGCCCUGCGUCGGUGGCGGAGACCGCCUCCUCUCCCAUUGAAGAAGGUCCACGAUCUAUCGCUGACCUUAGUCUGCCCCUGAUCCAGACGACAACCGAGGCCAAGGGCACGCUCCCAACUCUGUCGAGUCCCGUCGAUGUGGCUGAAGGAGACUUCUCGAAGGUACAAGUUGAGCCCUCCUCAGCUCUCCCAGCUGCACUUUCCAAGCCAGCGGAGCUCUCCCAGACGGGUACGGCGCACACAGCCUCCAGUCCCGUCGACGAGGCUUCUCCAGUCCUGGAGGCCAUCGAGGGGGCUGAAGAGCAUAUCACACCUGGCGAUGGGGUCUCGAAGGAGACACCUGAAGCAGACCUGCUGGGUCUGAAGGAAACCAAAUCAGAGACAGCGACCGAGACCGAGACCGUAACCAAGCAGUCGGAAGCAUCGUUGUUCGAAACCAUUUCCUCCAAGGUGGAGGAGAAGAUGGAGAAGCUGGAGACCUCGGUGAAGCAGGUGGAGGAGAAAGUCGAGAGUUCAGUGAAGCAGGUUAAAGAGAAGGUCGAGAGUUCAGUGAAGCAGGCGGACACCACUGUGGCCGAGACUCUGGAGCAGGUGAGCAAGGAGAGUACCGGGCAGCUGAACCAGGUCAAAUCUGUGCUGGACACCAAGAUUAGCAGCGUCACCAGCCUACUGAGCUCUGCAGUGGAGACCGUUGAGAAGAAAGUGCAGGAGGUCACCGAUAAAGUAAGCGAGAAGGCAACCGAAGAGGUUACCGAGCAAGUCACCAAAGUAUCUGAAAUCUCUACGGAGAGUGGUCAGGAUAAGAGCGGCCUGGACCUGGGCACGUUCUCGGAGCUGCGCGAAACGCACAUCACCACCGUCGGCUCGCCGGAGUUCACGGUUACGAUCUGCGAGCGUGAUGAGCCCCUUCUGCACGACAUCAAGGAGGAGGACGAGGAGCAUCGCUUCUCUCCUCCCAGCGAUGGCGACAAGACUGGAAUCCUCCCGCCCCAGCCGAUACGACCACUAUCACCGCGCGAGGAGGAAGUGGCCAAAAUCGUUGCAGACGUGGCCAAGGUUCUUAAGUCCGACAAGGACAUCACUGACAUAAUUCCCGACUUUGACGAACGCCAGCUGGAGGAGAAGCUGAAGUCCACCGCCGACACAGAGGAGGAGUCCGACAAAAGUGUCAGGGACGAGAAAUCGCUGGAGAUUAGCGUAAAAGUGGAAAUCGAGUCGGAGAAGUCAUCGCCCGACCAGAAGUCCGGCCCCAUCUCCAUCGAGGAGAAGGACAAAAUCGAGCAGUCCGAGAAGGCUCAGCUGCGGCAGGGAGCAGCGGCUGUCAGUCGCCCGGAAUCGGUUGCCAGCCAGGUGGAGUCGGUGCCCUCUCGUCCAGAAUCAGUGGCCAGCCACGAGCAGAAGGAGGCGGACUCCCUGGCCAAGGAACCCACAUCUCCCCUUCCCAGCAAGGAGGAGUCCAAACGUGAGUCUGUGCUCUCCGAGAGCCACAAGGAUGAGAGGCUCUCGCGCCCCGAGUCCGUUGCCAGCCAGGUGAGCGACAAGGACGUGAAGAUCUCACGCCCAGCAUCCAGCACCAGCCAGUUUAGUACCAAGGAUGGCGAUGAGGAGACGACAGAGUCGCUGCUCCACUCACUAACCACAACUGAGACCGUCGAGAGCAAGCAGGUGGAGGAGAAGUCGAGUGUGGAGUCUGUGUCCACUUCCGUUACCAAGUCCACAGUCCUCUCUAGUCAGUCGGUCCAACUGCGCGAAGAGUCCACCAGCGACUCGCUGAGCAGCAGCCUCAAGGUGGAGGACAGCUCCCGACGUGAGUCGCUCUCCAGCCUGCUGGCCGAGAAGGGAAGCACCACAACCGGCGCCAGUCUAAAGGAGGACACCAGCACCUCCGCCUCCCAGCUGGAGGAGCUGCUGGUGCAGUCGGAGGAAUGCUCGUCGGAGUCAAUCGUCAGUGAGAUUCAGACCAGCAGCGCCCUGAAGUCGGUCAAGGAAACUAAGGACACCAAGGAAAUCAAGGAGACCAAGGAGACCAGCAGCUUCAGCACCAGCACCACCAGUGCCAUGAAAGACGAUAGCCUCAAGGAGACCGUGGCCGAGUUCCUGGCCACCGAGAAGAUCGUCUCCGCCAAGGAGUCAUUUAGCACUGAGGCCGCCAAGUCGGCCGACGAGUGCCUGAAGAAGGUCACCGCCAGCAGCGUCUCCAGCUCCAGCACCACCGCCUCCCAGCGGGCGCUGUUCGUGGGUACGGACGAGUCGCGACGAGAGUCCCUGCUGAGCCAGGCCAGCGAGGGCCGCCUAACCCACAGUGAUCCCGAGGAUGAGGAGCCCGAUGAUGACGAGGACGAGCGUGCCAGUGUGAAGGAGAGCCGCUCCAAGUCCAUUGCCACCAUCAUGAUGACCAGCAUCUACAAGCCUUCCGAGGAUAUUGAGUCAAUUGACCCGCUCGCCGAGGAGGAGCACGAGCAUGUGGAUCUGUUGGGUCUGGAGGCCACCUCCGCCUUGACUUCCACCUCCACCACCACCACCAGCAAGACCACAACUCUUCUGCAGUCCAGUGAACAGAGCAGCAGCACAACCACUAGCAGCAGCUCCAAGACCUCUGCCUCCAAGGUGGAGUCCAUCACGCUCACCCAGAUAGAUCAGCAGUCUGGCCAGGAUCAGGCCCAGUUCCAGGCUGAGCCCGCUGACCGCAAGACUCCGCCAACAGCGCCCGUCAGUCCCAGCGUCAAGCCAUUGAGCUCGACAGGAUCUGCUGGCUCAGUGAUUGGAGCCGGAGCUGGAACCGGAGCCGGUGCUGCUAGCGGAAAGUGUGAAUCCAGCGCCGCCAGCAUCGUCUCCUCUUCGGGACCGCUGUCGCCCAAGGACAUCAGCGGCAAGUCCAGUCCCGGAGCUCUUACCUCCGAGAGCCAGUCCAUUCCCACUCCGCUGGGUCGGGAGUCGCACACGGAGACCCCGGAGUCCUCGCCCAAGCCCACGUCGCCUUUCCCGCGCGUCACCAAGGAUGAGCUCAAGUCUUUGGAAAUUCAGCAGCACGAACAGGAGCAGAUGCUGGCAGGAGCAGCCGCUGCAGCCGGAGCUGAGUGCGAGCCAGAUCUUCCCGAGCUCCACGAGCUGCGCGGACUCGAGUGCACCACCGCCCUCAGCGGCAGCACAGAUAAGAUAAUCACCACCACCAUCACCACGGUGACCAAGGUUAUCUCGGCGGACGGCAAGGAAAUCGUGACCGAGCAGAAGACGGUGACCACCACGGACAGCUCGGAGCCGGAUAGCGAAAAGGUGGUGGUAACCACCACGCGCACCACCAGCGAAAGCGAACGCGAUCAGCUGCUGCCCAAGGAGGUGUCGCUGCUGCGCGACGACGACGAGGACCUGCUGCUUGGAUCCCCGCGCAGCACCGCCAGCUACGAGCUGCAGCACUCAAGCUCCGGCGUGAGCAAGCGUUCCGACCUGGACGCCGAUGGCGACGAGAGCCAGGACGACAUUCCUCCGCAGUAUGGCAGCGAGGAGCACUCGACGGCGCGUUCGAUCCUACUGCCCCGCACGGCCGAUCCCAUGGCCACCUCCUUCUAUGGUGCCCUGCCCGACAGCUUCGGUGCCGCCAUUUCAAUCAAGCCCAGCACUGAGCCAAUCCCGAUCCAGGGGGUCCCGUCUGGCGACAGCCAGUCGUCGGAGAGCGUGGAGAGCAGCAGCCAGACCUGGGCGGGACACAAGUUCCUCGACCAGGCGGACAAGGACUUCCAGCGGGCGCUCGAGGAGCAUGUGCAGGCGCGCGGCGCCGAGGUUAUGUCUUCCGUCACCGCCAAGUACUCGUACUCGCCCUCCAAGGCCGAGGAGAUGGAGCAGAUCGUUACCAGCACUGCGGAACGCCAGCGCUUCCCGCUUAGCGAUGUCCAGCGCGCCCGCGUGGCGGAGAGUGGCUUCGCCACCGUGGGCAGUGUGACCUCCCAGCCGCAGCAGCAGCAGCAGCAGGAGGAGGCCGUCGCCACCACCACCACCACAACCACAGCUGCAGCAACAUCAGCAGGCGCCACAACCACAACGAGUUCCACUGGAGCCCUGCCCAAGGACCGACUGGAGGAGUGGGGCAAGCCCCUGGGCCUGCCAUCGCCAGCACCGCUGCCCGUGGAGGGCGGUUCUGAUAUUCGCACCACUCCCAAGAAGGAGCGCCGCCUGGUGGCCACCAAGACGCGACUGAACAACGAGAAGAACCUGCGCAAGCGCAGCGAAUCGCCCAACAAGGCGGGCAAGAAGCCGGCGCCCGUCUACGUGGACCUCACAUAUGUGCCGCAUAAUGGCAACUCCUACUACGCCCACGUGGACUUCUUCAAGCGGGUGCGUGCCCGCUACUACGUCUUCUCCGGCACGGAACCCAGUCGCCAGGUGUACGAUGCGCUGCUAGAGGCCAAACAGACAUGGGAGGACAAAGAGUUGGAGGUCACCAUCAUACCCACGUACGAUACCGACGUGCUGGGCUACUGGGUGGCUGAAAACGAGGAGCUGCUAGCCAAGCACCGCAUCGACCUCUCGCCCUCCGCCUCUCGCUGCACCAUCAACCUGCAGGACCACGAGACCUCGUGCUCCGCCUAUCGCCUGGAAUUCUAGGCCACGGGCUUGUUUAUUGCAUUCGACGAUGACUAGGCCAACCCACAACGCACCCAACCAGCGAAGCAGACGACGACGACGACGACGGGAAUGAGGAUGAGGAUAAGGACGAGGACGAGGAGAGCACUGCCAGGAGAUCGAGUCUAUGUAUGGCUUACAAAGUGCUUGGACUCGAGCUCUGGCUACCAGGACAAGGACUAGGACAAGCACCAUGACGACGACCACAGCAACAGGACGAGAUUGAGGAUCAGGAUGAUGAUGAUGAUAAUGAUGACAAGGACAAUGCAAUAUGGCAAGUUUCGUGCGCAAGCAGCCGCAGGAAACGGAAAUGAGACGGACGCAGGCUGAUAUGGCGGAGUACGGGUCACGCGAAUGACGCCAUUUUGUUCACCAAUGCCGUCUAUUGAGCUUUCGCCGACUUAUUUCUGCCAACCAAAAGCUACGUAAUUAAUUGAUAUUUAGUUUAAAAAGAUUAAUUACCAAACAAUGCAACGCAAUGCAGAUCCUCAGUGGAUGAGUCGAGAAAAAGACACUUAUUUGUUGCUUUCAUUGAAUAACGUCAAGCUACCUUGCCUAGUAAUCCAAAGAUCAAAAUAGUUUUCAAAACCGCAUAGCUAAAAUAUACAAAGAUGGAAAACACUAAAAAACCAAACCAAAAACUAAGAAACCAAAAUGCUAAAAAACCAAAAAGACGAAGAAAAGACGAAAGGAGAAAAAAACUAAGAUGAAGUAAGAAAAGACACACACUCUAUAUAUAAAGAAAUUAAUAUUCAUGUUUAAAAAAAUGUAUUAGUCGAAACCUUUACGAACCCGUCGUAUGGUAUUCGAAUUUUAAAGCGAACAUUAGCUAACUGCAAGUGUAUAACCCGCAAAGUCAGAGCUCUAUGUAGCCGUAGGAUAAUAAGCGAUCAUAAUACAGAGCGAAGGACAAAGAUCGAAGGAUCUAAACUUAAUCAAACGUUGAAGGCUAGCAAGCGAUUACAAUUACGAUUUACGAUUUACCCUACACCGAAGCAAACCCAAAUCCAAAAAUUCCGAAUUCGAAAACCGAUAACCCAAUUAAUUGUAUAACUCAGGCUCCAAAUCAUUUUCGUAGUCCAUUUUCACCGCUUCGUUUCGUUACGUUUUGUUAUAUUGCGUUUGGUUCCGUUGUUCCAGCAGGCAGCCGCAGAAAGACUUAAAACCCAAGAAGCUAUAGCAACCGAUAUACGUACACUUCCACUACCACAAAUGGGGGCUAAUAGAAGAGAAGAAGAUGAAGAGAAGAGUAGGGAACUGAGAAUUGGGAUGGUGAUGUAGCUAGGAACUGAGGGUAUCGAGUAAUAAGGAGCUUAGGACUCGACGCUGUUGCUGGAGGAUCGAAGAUGGAUAAGAUGAGGUACGACUAAGAGUUGGACGGCAAGACGACGAACGCAAGACGAAGACGACGAUGACGACAAAGUCAAUGCUGAUGUUACUAUAUAAGGAUUACAAGGGUCUGAGUGGGCUAAGCUGGUAUGGGGUUAGGGAUAGGGAUAGGAGGCCUAUGUUGGGUGGGUUGGGGUUGGGGUGGAGUGAGGAGUGAGGAGUGGGGAGUGGGGAGACAGUGAAACAGCUAUUGUGAGACAAAAACAAGAAUGAGCAGAAGGUCGAUAACUAAAUACGAAUAAAUAUGGAGUACACAAAGUGAAUGAAGGUUAUUUUUCUAUAUUUUUUUUACUUUUUCAUAGUCAUAGAAUAACAAAUUUGCAAACAAACAAACAAACAAGCAAGAUAAAUAUGCAGCAAGAGCAGGACGAGAACGAGACGUGAACCAGGCACACAGGCAAUUUUAAUCAACUCAACGUUACCGAUAACCAGUAACCAGUAACCAAUAACCAGUAACCGCAAAAGCGGAACAAGCAAUUCGAGGCCACAGCAAAAAACAGUCCAAAAGAGCCAGUUACAAUUAUAAAUUAUAGACUCGGGUGGUGCGACGGCGCUGCUCGGGACCAGACUUUUUAGGCUACGCGUAUAUUUUUGAGUUGCUUUUUAUAUACAACAGCAACAGGUCUACAAUGUGCAACAUGCAACAUGCAAUGUGCAACGUGCAACGUGCAACAGGCAGGCAGCAACAGAAACAGACAACAGUCACUGGCAACCGUCCAGUCUACAACCGUUUGAUAAGCAACCAGCGAAAUUUAAGCAAAAUUAUACACACGUAGGGCUAAGAGGGGCGGGGAUACGUAACUCGAGGAUGCGGCGGUCCAUUGGGCCUUCCUGAUAGGUCAGGGUUGUAAGGUCCAGGUCCCGAUCCCCUUUCCGAUCCCGAACCCGAUCCCGAUCGCGAUCCCGAUCCGCGUUCCCCGUCCGACCAGCACAUGCGAUUGGGAUAUUGAAUACCGAUCGAUACCGAGCGUCUUUCGAUUAUUAAGUAGCAUUGCAGUCUCCGCUUCGAGGAUUUUAAAUUUAUAACCGAGAAAACAAAAACAAAAAACGAAAAACGUAAAAACAAGAAACCAAAAGAUCAAGUUUAUUAAAUAUUAAUUAUUUUCCAAAUUCGUGCGCUAAGCGAAACAAAACAUAAACUAAAACCGAAGAUGGUAAAGAUAAAAAAUACUCACACAUGAACUAUAUACACUAUAUAUAUAUAUAUAUGUACUUGAGCGUAUUGAUGUUGCUUAAAACGAAAAACCAAAAAAAAAAAAAAAGAACUCUUCUCCCAGCCAGAAGACAUUUUUUGCCUUUCACGAAACGAAUUUCCCCUAAGAUACGAAAAUAUGAGAACUUGUUAACUUUGCCCCCGUUUGUUUGCGACUUAAGUUUCGUUGAGAUCAGAUCAAUCAGAUCAGACUAUAUUACACGAUACACACUAUACACCACACACCAAAAACCCAAAAACCUAAAACCAAACCACACGCACAUGUAUCCAUUGCCUUAUAUCCAGAGAACAAACAGAUAUCUGCAUCAUACCUUAUAUUAGUCUAAGAAUCAAAUACGAUAUGUAUGACCUAUGAGAGUUUGUUUGUUGAAUUUGCUUUUACUUUUUAGCAGCUUCGAUUUAAAUCAAAUAUACAUACUAAACGCACACACCCCCGCACACACGCAAUCCCCAUAUGUGGUGUGUGCGAUGUGUGUGGGAUCUGUGUGUGCUCUAUAUAAUCAUUAGUACAGCAAGUGCAUGCAGAAGGUAAAAUUGUUACAAACAAGAGCCGAGCGAAUGAAUAAUCGCUUUCUGGCGGAUGCGGAUGAUGAUAAGAUGAUGAUGAUGAUGAUGAUGAUGCAGCCAUGUAGCCAUAGCUAUACGGAGACAGGGAGAGAGCGAGCCAGCACAAAGAUCCGAUAAUGGGCAAAGGUUACCGCGAAGAAAUAUAUAUGUAUUACAUUUUAUGAAACGUCAAGCUUAUCUCAAGAACUAUUUCCAAAACAAAAUCUGAAAUUAUAAUAAACGUAUUUAUGUGAA